AUGAGGGAUGCCUCUUUCAAAGGGUGCAUUGAUCAGUUGCACAAAUGUGUCAAAGAUCUUGAUAAGCAGCACUUGAAGUCAAAUUACCACAGGGAAAUUCUACUGAGUCCUAAGAUUUAUCCUGGUUUUUGCUAUGAGAACCAUCUUUUAGGAAUUGAGGAUGGCCCGGUGGCCUCAUAUUAUUAUGCAUAUAUUGGCCGGAGGAUGGAGCACGAUAAAAGUACUCAAGGGUAUUUGAAAGCAUCAACGGCAUUCAUGAUAACUGACAAGCUGAUCAUAAGGCCUGCAUCUCCUUUCUUUGGCUUUUCGAUUAUAAAUGAAUUGAAGGUACCUUUCACUGACAUAAAGGAGGAAACUGUUGAGGUUGGCAAGAAGGAGGCUUUGCGUCUUUUGGUGGCUACUUUUCUUAGCAACUCUGCUCUAACCGAUGUCUUCAUUAGGCAGCUGAAUCAAGAAAAGUCUAUGAAGAGAGCUUGCUUAUCUAUUAAAUGA